UGGGCAUUAUGGUGACGAUAUGUAGACAUCUCUUUCGUCUCUGUUUCCUUCCCUAGUGGCCUCACUUGGCAGAAGCUCAAAAUAGCAUACCCAUCUUACCUUCCUCCCGCCCCCCUUCUCUCUCUCUCUCUCUCCAUCCUUCAACACCAUAUUCCAUCAGAGAUAGCAUGUUCAGGAUUGGAUUAAGCAAAAAUGUCUCCAUAUCAAGAGCUUCACUUGUCCAGAGCUUUUUUAACAGGGAACUGUCGACAGAAACCGGAAGCAAGCUAGAAGGCAAAGUAGCAAUAAUCACCGGGGCAGCAAGCGGUAUUGGCAAGGCAGCUGCAGCAAAGUUCAUUAAUAAUGGAGCCAAAGUUGUCAUUGCUGAUGUACAGCACCAACUUGGUGGAGACACGGCAAAAGAACUAGGACCCAAUGCCACUUUUGUUUCCUGUGAUGUAACAAAAGAGUCAGAUAUUUCCAAUGCUAUUGAUUUUACCAUCUCCACACACAAGCAACUGGAUAUUAUGUACAACAAUGCGGGGGUACCUUGCUACACUCCUCCUAGCAUUGUUGACCUCGACCUCGCAGUUUUCGACAGGGUCAUAGGCAUCAAUGUGCGAGGAGUCUUGGCCGGGAUCAAACAUGCCUCACGUGUGAUGAUUCCACGUAGGACUGGCUGCAUUCUGUGCACAGCUAGUGUCACAGGAAUGAUAGGUGGACUAGCUCAACAUACUUAUAGCGUGUCGAAAUCUGCCGUUAUUGGAAUCGUCAAGUCCAUGGCAUCAGAGCUAUGCCAGCAUGGGAUCCGCAUCAACUGCAUAUCACCGUUUGCAGUUCCAACCCCGUUUACAUUAGAAGAGAUGAGCCGGAUUUAUCCGCACCUCGAUGCUGACAAGCUUGUGAAAAUGAUACAUAAUUCUGGUGUGCUGGGCAAAGCGACAUUGGAAGCGGCUGAUGUGGCUGAUGCUGCAGUCUAUCUUGCAUCUGAUGAUGCAAAGUAUGUUAGUGGGCAUAAUUUGGUGGUAGAUGGAGGUUUUACAUCAUUUAAGACAUUGGAAUUUCCUUCGCCAGAUCAGUUGCAGUAAGAUUUGAAGUGUUAUAAAUGCUGCUCAAAGGAUAUAUAUUGAAUUACGAUUGGUAAAUUUCAAAUUUCUUCUGGUUAUUUGAAGUCCUGAGUGGCAACAAUAAGCUAAACACAAAUGAAUUUCAGUACCUUCUGGUUUUUGAUGGUUGGCCUUCAUUAUGUUUUCACAACAUGACCAGAAUUUAGUUUAAACUGAAGUAUCUCAAAACUCUUACGAAGAUGGAAAACAAUGUCACUUGAGAAAGCAUUAGAGAAUUAUUGUCAAGAACUGGUCUCAAAACCUGCGUAACAAGAGGCCCUUAUUUUGUGUUGUUAAGUACAAAACUGCUUAUAGAGAUUGAACAAGGGAGGAGUUGGAUUUUAGCCAGCACCAGUUCACAAAGCUAUAUUUGGGGUUCAGGGGUGAAGAUGCAUACAUCAGCCUGAUUUCGAGAGACAUGGCAAAUGCACGUACUACUCCAUCAAACAAUUUGGAUAAACUGUUUAUAUUUAAUGAAAACUAGCACAACUUAUGGAGUCUUAAACUAGCAUGGAAUUUGCAUGGGGCACUCUGUUGUAAGUGUUUUAAGUUAGGAACUAGUAUCUGUUCACCAUAAAA